ACAAGGGCUUGUUUAAUUGGGAUACUUAGGGAGUACUGAUGCCCCAUACUCCCUGGAAACUUUCCUUUGAUGUGUGCAGGCCUGGCCACUGUAUAUUGAAAAAGCCCUCCAGGAGAUAGAAGGGACAGCCAGGUGGAGAAACACUUCCUUAGAACAGGAGUUUCAGGUUUGGUGCAUAUUAUAAUUGCUUGAGGAACUUAAAGAUACCAAUAUUGGUCUGGCUCUGGGAUUAUGACUUAAUUGGUUUGGGAUGAGUUGGGCAUCACAGUUUCUCAAAGUGUCCCAAGAGAUUCUAAUGUGCAGCCUGGCCUGAGAUCCAGUGCCCUACACCAACUAUUUCAUUUUGCAGAAGGAUAACUGAGACCCUGAGAUGAGAAUGCAUUUGUUCAAGGUCAAAUAGAAAAUGAUUGAAGAGCAUCCUUGUCUGACACUACAGGACACAAAACCCUGGACUCUACUUGUGUCUCUGAUUUUUUGGCUCCAUACAGAUAGAUAGUCCCACCUCAUCCUCAUAACAUCUGGUGGGGGUAGUCAUUACUCCCAUUUUACAGAUGAGGACAUUAAGGAACAAAACUGUCCAGGUGACUUGCCCAAGGUGAAGGCAAGAACCUAGAACACCCUGGAAUUGGUACAGGGCUCUUUUAAUCCCAUCCCAUUGUUAUACAUGGGUUCUAGAAUGAACAGGUCAAUGCUGUGAGAUGGGUUCCAGGUGUAAAGGGGAGGGACUAUGAGGUGACAUUCUAGAAGGAUAGGGUAGGACAGGAGGCAUAUGACUAUUCCCUCACAAACAGGGCCUUUGGGGCAGCCAUGUCCUACUUCAUGUCUCCCCAGACUCAUCCAGGUCUUCUACCUUCUAACCAAGGUGGGGCUGCUUCUCCGGGUUCGUCCCUUGGCCUCUAUAGUCCUACAGAGCCAGUGGUGGUGGCCUCUGGUGGAUUAGGCCCACUGAACCAGAAAGCCGAGCAGGUGGUACCUGCUGCCCAGACCUGGGGCCCCACCCUGGCAGUGCCUGAAGCCAGGGUCUGCUCUGGGGGUGCUAGCUGGGAGAUACCACGGAGGAAGGAGUACAGCCGAUACUGCCACAAAUUCCCCAACGUGAGGCAACCAGAGAGCUUGGGCUGGGAGAAUGGCUGCUCCAGAGGCAGAGCUCCCCACCUGAGUGGCCCCAGCAGGCCUGGGCCCCUGCUGCUGUGUGGGCUGUCACCAGGGGUUCUGCCAGUGCCCUCUGAGGCAGUGGGGAAGGAGGCCGGCUCCCAGCCUGACAUCUGCAUCCUCACCCUGGCCAUGAUGAUCGCCGGCAUCCCCACCGUGCCUGUCCCAGGCCUGCGGGAAGAAGACCUGAUCCGGGCAGCUCAAGCUUUCAUGAUGGCCCACCCAGAGCCUGAGGGAGCUGUGGAGGGAACGCGGUGGGAGCAAGUACAUGCCCACUCAGCUUCUGGGCAGAUGUCCCUAAUGAGAUCCAGGAGGGGCCAGCCUCCUGGCUCCUGCUUGUAGCUGGAUGAAAUAGCACCAGA